UCGAGGUCAACGUCUAAUUUUCCUUGCAUCUUUCUCACUUCCUUUCUCUUUUCCUAGCUGCUUCGUUCCUUUGUGUUCGACCUGCAUUAUUGGUCGAAAAUGGUGGGCUGAAACAGACAUCAUUUCGUAGAAAUUCUCUUCCUCUCCAACAGUUUCUUUCUUUCUUUUACACUUCCUUGUUUAAUUCUAUCAAUAAACCUCAUCAGCAGAAGGCAUAGCACAAUUUCCCCCCUCCAAUAAUGGCUGAAUCCUUCGCAUUUAACAUUGCUGAAAAUGUCCUUUCAAAACUAGCCAAUAUUGCAUAUCAAGAAAUUCGCCUAGCUUGGGGUGUCCAGAGUGACCUUGCAAAGCUUAAGACGACCUUAACUACCAUCAAAGCCGUGCUUUUAGAUGCUGAAGAAAAACAGGCUCAUGACAAUCAGCUGCGGGUUUGGCUUCAAGAGCUUAGGGAUGCCUGUUAUGAUGCAGAUGAUGUGUUGGAUGAAUUUGAAAUCGAAGCACUGCGGAAGCAAGUUGUGAAACAGAGGAGCAUCAGAAAGAAGGUAAGUCAUUUCUUUUCAAGCUCAAACCCACUUGCUUUUCGGUUUAAGUUGGCACAUAAGAUUAAAAAAGUUACUGAGAGAUUCGUUGAGAUUGCUGCUUUGAAAAAAGAUUUUCAUCUCAUUGAGAGACAUGAUGGCCCUGGGCAUGUGGUGCGCUUGGACAGGGAGACCCACUCCUUUGUGCAGGCAUCGGAGGUCAUUGGCAGAGAUGAAGAGAAAGAGAGAAUCAUAAAAAUGUUAAUGCAAGAUCCAGCUGAUGAGGAAGACAUUUCCGUCCUUCCCAUAGUUGGAAUCGGAGGUCUUGGGAAGACCGCCCUUGCGAAAUUGGUGUUCAAUGAUGGAAGGGUAGAUGGGCAUUUUGGGUUGACAAUGUGGGUGUGUGUUUCAGAUGAUUUUGAUCUGAAACGAUUAGUUCUGAAAAUUAUUAAAGCUGGAAAGGAGGGUGAUGGAGACCUUGGUAACAUGGAUUUGGAGCAAUUACAGAGGGUUUUACGUCAUUGUUUGAAUGGUAAAAAGUAUUUACUCAUUUUAGAUGAUGUGUGGAAUGAGGAUAAUAGAAAAUGGCAAGAACUGAAACAAUUGUUAGUGGGAGGAGCUAACGGAAGCAAAAUUGUGGUCACCACUCGCAGUAACCAAGUUGGAAAGAUGGUCGGCACAAUCCCUCCGCACAAUUUGGAAGGUCUUCCUUAUGACCAAUCUUUAUCUUUGUUUCUCAAAUUUGCAUUCAAGGGAGGAGAAGAGAAGCGACAUCCGAACCUUGUAAAAAUUGGGGAAGAAAUUGUUAGAAAAUGCAAAGGGGUUCCUUUGGUUGUGAAGACAUUGGGGAGUUUACUUUUCUCCAAAUUUUCAGAAGGUGAGUGGAAUCGAUUGAAAGAUAGUGAGAUGUGGGAAUUAAUGGAAAAAGAAAAUGAAAUAUUUUCUGUUUUAAAACUAAGUUAUGAUCAACUGCCUCCUCAUCUAAAGCAAUGUUUUGCUUAUUGUUCACUCUUUCCAAAGGAUUAUGGAUUUGAUGAAGUCGACACAGUUCAAUUUUGGAUGGCUCAUGGUCUUAUUCGGCCCUCCAAAAAAAAUGAAGAUCUGGAGGAUAUUGGGAGGCAGUAUUUGAACGAUCUACUGUCAAGGUGUUUUUUCCAAGAUUAUGAGUAUGGCCUUGAUUUUAUUGCAUUUAAAAUGCAUGAUCUUUUACAUGAUCUUGCACUAUCAGUAGCAAAAAAUGAGUGUUGUACAAUAAAUCCUUCCGAGCAAAAUAUUGCCCAAGGAGUUCGACAUUUGUGCCUUACUAACUGUGAUUCUCCUGAAGAAGGUGACUUCAAAUUACUUAAUAAAGUAAGACAUUGGCGCUCAUUUAGGUGUACAGAUACGAACAUAGGUCCUAGCAACAAAUCCUUUAUUGAAGCAUGCCUCAAGAGGUUCCAACAUUUACGGGUGCUUGAUUUCAAAAGAUCUAAUCUCGAGGUAUUACCCAAAAGGAUUGGGGAUUUGAAGCAUUUAAGGUAUCUCGACCUAACCAACAAUCACAGCAUCAAGAAACUUCCGAACUCCAUCUGUAAGUUGCAAAAUUUGCAAACCCUAUAUCUUGAUGGUUGUGACAAACUUGAAGAGUUGCCUAGAGAUAUGGGAUACUUAACCAGUCUUAGAGCUUUGACAAUAACUACAAAACAAAAGCUUCUACGUGGAUUAGAAUGCUUGAAAUCUCUUCGAUAUUUGUUUAUCCAAGACUGUAAAAAUCUGGAAUAUUUGUUUGAAGGGAUUGAGAACCUCACAUCACUUCAAUUACUAGGUAUAUCUGGUUGCCGAAACUUGAUAUCACUGCCGUACGGUUUGAAAUAUCUAACUGCAUUACAUACUCUAGUAAUUGGGGAUUGUGUAAAGCUUGAUCUGAAUAUGACACUGGGAUUCAAAGAGAAAGAAGAUGAUAAUCAAGACUACCUCGUGGGUAGUAGUUUGUGUCUUCUAAAAUUAGUGAUCCUUGGACCGUUACCAAAGCUGGAGGCUCUACCCCAGUGGCUUCUACAACGAUCUGCCAACACUUUAAAGUGCCUAUUUAUUGCAGAAUGUGAGAACCUCACAACCUUAUCAGAGUGGCACAAUCUCACAUCACUUGAAAAGCUUGAGAUUAUGGAUUGCCCAAAAUUAUCAACUCUGCCAGAAAAGAUGCAGCGCCUCAAACAUUUGACGAUUGAAGAAUGUCCUGUUUUGAGUGAAAGAUGCGAACCGGAAGGCGGAGAGGAUUGGCCCAACAUUGCUCAUGUCUCUCGUAUAUAUCUGGACGGUGAUGAAGUUUCAUCUAAACAAUCAUCAGCCCCAUGAUUCGGGCAUAUCUCCAUUUUAUUGGUAUUGGGACUGGAUGGAAGUGCAGUUGCUGUAAUCCCUGAAAUAGAGUGGAGGGGGUGUGCUUGGGCUUGGCUUCUCAUUUCUCCUACUUGUUGGCUUGUAUUUUAUCUCCCUACUUAUGUUAUGGACAUAUACAUUUGAUGUUUGUUUAUGUACUUAAAUUCCUUUGCUUUGGAUUGUUCAUGUAAUCCCUACUCUCUAUUUGUUGGCUUGAUGUAUUGCCUUUGGAUUCAAAAUUUGGUUUGUAAUUUGUUUUGGUUGGGUGA